UUAAAUAAAAGUGUAGAUGGAAAAUCUAUUAAAUUCAAAGAAAUAUUAAAAGAUGAAUUUUGUUUACUGUUUUGAAAUUAAAUUCUUUUUAUGUUUUUAUGAAUAAAUAUGAAUUUUUAAUAUGAAAAAAUAAUUUAUUUAUUAAUAUAUGUAGUUCUGUACAUGAUAAUAAAAUAAUUCAAAGAUAAAUGUUAAUAUAAAAUAUUUUUUAUUAAAAAGUCAAGAUAGAGAAUACAAAAAAUUGAAUGCGAAAAAUUAAGUAAUGUAUUUUAUGUAUAAAAUUUCUACAUAAUAUUAUAUUUAUAUAAAAGCUCAAAAAAAAUUUCACCACCGUUAACACCCUUAAAGAAUACAAAAAUAAAGAAAAAAAUAAAAGAAAAAAAAAUGGAGUUAAAUACGAGUAUAACCUCAAAAUUUGCGCUAAUAAACCAAGGAAUUUUUCUUUAAAUUUUUAUAUUAUAGGAAAAAUUUAAGAUUGAAAUAAUAUUAUAACAGUAAUACACAAAAAUAUAAUAUAUGAAAAUAUAAAAUGAACAUAUAAGAAUAUUGAUGUUAUACACAUAUAUUAUAAUCAAUCAAUUUUUAAGAUAGACAUUAGAGGAUUCGAGUGCAUUUUUCAAGGACUUUUUGUUUGAAAGGAAAAUAAAAAAAAAAAACAGAUUUUUUUUUUUUCUUGAUCGAUUUUAACUUAUGUAUACAUACAAUAUUAUAUUGUUAAAUGUACAUACAUAUGAGUACAUGUAAAAAGACAUAUGUUUAUAAUAAUAAAUCCUAUUUAAAAAUAGGAAUGAAUAAAGGACUUUUCAAGGUGCUUUGAAUGUAUUCAACAAGAUAAUUAAACUGAAAAGAAUGGGGUUGACACCUUCGCCAUUACGGCGAAGAAGUUGUCUACUAUUAACUACCCUUGUUGUAUUAUUGCCAUUAACUGUUCUGAUAUUAUUUAUUGGACCAGAUUUAUCAGCUGAACAAACAUUAUCACAACGUUUAGCUGAAUAUCAAAUGCGUUUACAGUACUUAGAAUCAAUGUAUAGAGCUCGUCAAGAGGAUGUUGCAAUAUUAUCACAAUAUUUAGGUUUAACAACGAAUUCAAAUAUCAGUGGUGCCAAUAAUUAUAAUAAUGCACUAAAUAAUUUAGGUUUACCAUUAAAUAAUAUUAAUAAUAAUAAUAAUAUAAUAUUAAAUAAUUAUGGUACAUCAGAUAAUAAUAUAACAAAUAAUAUAUUUAAUAUGAAUAAUUCAUUAUUAGAUUCAUUAAGUCCAGAAGCACGAAUAAUAUUAAAAAAUACAACAUUAUCAGCUAGAUUUCCAUCUAGUUUACGUUUUCCAACAGCAUUUCAUUUUUUACCACAUUUAUUAGAUGAUCCAAUGUCAUUAAAACCAAAUUUAUUAUUAACAAAAGGACGUACAGGUGUAACAAUAGUUUUAGGUGUACCAACUGUUAAACGUGAUAAACAAAGUUAUUUAAUGUCAACAUUACAAAAUUUAAUAUCAAAUAUGGAUGAAACAGAACAAAAUGAAACAUUAAUAAUUGUAUAUAUUGGUGAAACAGAUAUGGAUUAUGUAUCAUUAACAGCAAAACAAAUUGAAGUUAGAUUUGCACCAUUUGUUGAACAAGGUUUAAUUGAAGUAAUAUCACCAUCACCAUCAUAUUAUCCAAAUUUUGAUAAAUUACGUAUAACAUUAAAUGAUCCGCUGGAACGGGUUAAAUGGAGAUCAAAACAAAAUUUAGAUUUUUCAUUUUUAAUGGCAUAUGCACAACCAAAGGGUACAUUUUAUGUACAAUUAGAAGAUGAUAUAUUAGCUAAAAAAGGUUUCAUUUCAAUUAUGAAAAAAUUUGCAAUUGAAAAAACAUCGAAUAAAAAAACCCCAUGGAUGGUAUUAGAUUUCUGUCAAUUGGGAUUUAUUGGUAAAAUGUUUAAAUCAGCUGAAUUACAUUGGUUAAUAACAUUCUUUCAAAUGUUUUAUAAUGAUAAACCAGUUGAUUGGCUAUUAGAAAGUUUAAUUGAUACAAAAGUUUGUAAUGUUGAAAAGGAUCAUAAACAUUGUAAACAGGAAAAAGCAAAAUAUUGGUUACAUAUAAAACCAUCAUUAUUUCAACAUAUUGGUACAACAUCAUCAUUAAAAGGUAAAGUUCAAAAAUUAAAAGAUAAACAAUUUGGUAAAAUACCAAGUUAUUAUCCACAUGAUAACCCACCUGCCAUAUUAAAAACUGGUAUUGCACCAUAUAAAAAUUUUCAUUUAAAAAGAGCAUAUAAAGGUGAAACCUAUUUUUGGGGUUUAUUACCACAGCCCGGUGAUUUAGUUGAAUUCAUUUUUAAUCAUCCAAUUAAUCUCAAGAGCUAUUUGUUUCGUAGUGGAAAUGUUGAACAUCCCUCCGAUAGAUUUUAUAAUACAACAGUUGAAAUAUUACCAGAUUCAUUGAAUGAGAAUUCAUUAAUUUGGAGCACAUAUAAUUCAACAACAGAUGGUUUUCUAAUAAUUGGUAGUUUUAAUGCAUUUGGAUUAGCUGAAGGUAAUAUUGAUCCAAAAAUUGGACCAAUUAAAGAGAUACGAUUACAUGUACAUAGUGAUAGUGAAAAUUGGGCAUUAUUAAGUGAAAUUCAUUUAAUGGAAAGAUGACCGGAAAAUGAAAUAUCUAGAGUACCACAAAAACUAUUUAGAAAAGCAUUUUUACUGAGGAGGCGAGCUCCACCAAAUUAAGUCAUUAACAUAAUUAAUUGUAAAUUAAAUUAAAAAAUUGGUAAAAUAUAUAACAUUAAAAAAAAUAAACAACUACACACUAAAAAUUAAAAUUAAAAUUUUCCUUUGUGUAAAUAUAAUUUUUAUGUUAUCCUAUAUAUAUUAUAUAUAUAUAUUUUUUAACUUAAUUUAAAUAAUAAUAAUUAUAAAAAAAUUUAAUAUAUGUAGAUUAUAAAAUUAAAAAAUCACUAAGUGUACCCUAAUUCCUAAUUUUAAAGGCUCGACAAAAAACAAAAAUUAAAAAUAAACAAUUAAUUGCUGUGUAAUAAAAAUUAUGGCUUAAAUGUAUUUUAAAUAAUAAUGCUAUAUGGAAUUAUAAACUCUUAUAUAUAUAUAUAUAAAAAAUAUUAAAAAAUAAUUAAUGAAAAAAUUAAUAAAUAAAAUAAAAACUCGAAAUUUUUAAU